GAGAGGCUAGGUAUUUGUGGAGGAGUCAGCCAUGCGACUCCGCGCUUACACCUGCACCCCGGAGCAGAUGGAGCCUGUGUACCUGCUGCUCCUACUGCUCUUCACAACUGUUUCAGGGAAAUCUCAUGUGCAUCGGAGGGGACUCUUGGAGCUAGCAGGAGCUCUCAGUUGUGCUACAAGCCGUUCAGCAUUAGCUUAUGUGAGCUAUGGCUGCUACUGUGGCCUUGGAGGAACUGGUUGGCCAAAAGACCAAACUGACUGGUGCUGCCAAAAACAUGACUGCUGUUAUAGCAAGGUUGAGGAGGCUGGCUGUGGCCCCAAAACAGAACGUUAUGAUUGGAAAUGCACAGACCAGAAGGUGGAAUGCAAUGCCGAUCUGAACACAUGCCAAGAAAUGAUGUGCAAAUGUGACAUGGAAAUUGCCCACUGUCUGGCCACAGCAAAAUAUAAUCAAAAGUUAAUUUUCUUCCCCCACUUCCUUUGUGGAAAUAAGACGCCGAAGUGUGACUGACAUAACUUGGAAAUUUUGUUUUUGACUGUGGGUAUACAAAAAUAAUUUUCCCUUAAGCAAAAAAAGUUAUCAAUGCUCCUGUAAAGGCAAAA